AGAGGGUCUGUCCUUGGGUCCUGUUCUGUGACGAUGGGCGUAAACUCGAGUCUCCCGACGUCUAAUCGCGUGCCGCUGCGUCGCAGUUCAAAGGACACCCGCGUUAUCGCAGCCAGGUCUCGGUGACCCGACGACGGGUUGUUCUAAAUUCACCAUGAUAGCUGUGAUGGACAAGAUCCUGUCGCUGUCGGAAGGAGGAGACGGGCCGGGGGAGCUUCAGCAGUACCUGUCAUCCUUAUCCAACGACCAGCUGAUCAAAGUUCUCACCAACGCCGCACUGAAGGGGAAGAAUAUAGGAGCCACGAUCAAAGGGAUCUUCAAAGGGUCGCCCCACAAUGACCCCAAAGGCUCGGGCAGGAGACUGCUCCUGUAUCAGCACUUUAUCCCGCUGUGUGAGUCCGGGGAUCUGCAGUCAGAGGUGGCAGCCGACAUCAUUGGUCUGCUCAUGUUGGAGGCUCCGAAUCUAUCCGGAGCAUGUUUGGCAGAAGUGGCCUCCCAUUUUGUGGAGGCCAUCAAGUCGGGCAAGAUGGCCAGUGGGAAGUCUCUGGAGCUGUUUCCUAGCGUGCUGACGGCCCUGGCCGCCUGUGAAUCACUGUCAUUUGGCAAAGGAGAACUGAGUGGAGAGGAGUACAAGAAGCAACUCAUCAACAGCCUCUGCUCCAGCAGAUGGGAGCCAAAGUGUGUGAUCCAUUUGACCACCAUGUUUCGGGACGUCCCCUUGUCUCCAGAGGAGCUGCAGUUCCUGGUGGAGAAGGUUCUCAGGAUGUUCAGCAAGCUGGAGCUACAGGAGGUCCCACCAUUGAUCUACCAGCUGCUGCUGCUGUCUGCCAAGGGCUGUAAGAAGCAGGUCCUGGAUGGAAUCAUCGGUUACUUUAAUGAGCAAGACCUUCAGCAGAAAGAUGAACAAGAUCGUGGAGAGAGCAUGGAGCUGGAGGUGCAGGCCAUCCCCAAGGACCAGCUGAGGCAUGUGGAGGGCACCGCCAUCCUCCACAUCGUCUUCGCCAUCCGCCUGGACCACGACCUCGGGAGGGAGUUCCUCAAAAGCCUAAAGUUAUCCUACGGAGACCUUUGUCCUUUCGGCGUGGCGCUGUUGCUUUCAGUGGCCCGCAUCCAGCGAUACGAGGACCAGGUGUUCGAACUCCUUAAAGGGGCCAUCACCAAGAGCUUCAGGGACGAAUUCCUGAAGCAGGGCUCCAAGAUGCUGAAGGACCUGUUCCCCGAGUGCUGCAGCGUGGCCCAGAUGAUCCGCGACACCGUCAGCAACAGUGUGUUCGGCUGGGACCAUGUGACCCAAGGCCUGGUCCAGUUGGGCUUCUUCCUCAUGGACACGUUUGGGCCCAAACCAGGGCCGUUCGGGAAGCCUGCCGAGUCGGGGCCCUCUGGGGCAGCCAGGACCCCCACCCAGCAGGCCUGUCUGCUGGGGAGACAGGUCCUCCUGGAGGGCUUCAAGAUGCAUGAGCCCAUCCGAGGGGAAAUAUUAGAGCAGGUGUUGAAUCGAUUAGUCACCAAGACGGCCUCCCCUGUGCACCACUACAUAGACCUGUUCUCCGACAUCGUGGUUUCUGCUCCCAUGAUCCUCCUGGAGUCGGCGUCUAAAGUGACGGAGACGUUCGACAACCUCUCCUACCUCCCGCUGGCCACAGUGCAGGGUCUGCUCAAAGCUGUCCAGCCGUUGCUGAAGGUCAGCAUGUCCCUGAAGGAUUCUCUGAUCCUGGUCCUCCGCAAGGCCAUGUUCUCCAGUCAGCUGGACGGCAGGAAGUCUGCAGUGACCGGUUUCCUGUUGCUGCUGAAGAACUUCAAAGUGCUGGGAAGCCUCGCCUCCAGCCAGGCCAGCCAGGCCAGCCAGGGCAUCUCCUCCAGCCAGAUCCAGGUCGACGUCCACUCCCGCUACAACUCGGCCGCCAACGAGGCCUUCUGCCUGGAGAUCCUGAGCGGCCUGCGGCGUUGCCUAGGGCAACAGGCCGACGUGCGUCUCAUGCUGUAUGAGGGUUUCUAUGAUGUACUGCGUCGGAACUCUCAGCUCGCUAGUUCAAUCAUGCAGACCCUGCUGUCACAGUUGAGACGCUACUAUGAGCCGGAGCAAGACCUCAUGCCUCCGGUCAAACUGGAGCCCUGCAUCACAGCUCAGGGGGACCAAGUCUUCCUGCAGGAACCCCUGGGCCACCUGCUGAGCUGUACUGUGCACAGCCUGCUCUGGCUGCAGAGCCAGCGGCCGUUGGCCAGGCCCAACGACAGUGACGAGGAGGAGGAGGAUGACGAAGAGGGCGGGUACAAGUCUGAGCUGAUGGCCAUCCUGGACAGCGUGACGCGCCGCCUGGUGAAGAGCGAGCUGGAGGACUUCGAACUGGACAAGUCGGCAGAGUUCUCCACCGCAUCGAGCGUGGGGGUGAAGAACAGCAUCUAUGCCGUGCUGGUGAUGGGCGUGUACGAGGUUCUGCUGGAGUACAAUUUCAUCAAGGCCAACUACAGUAAAAGUGGUCUGGAGGAGCUGCUGGAGCUGUUCCAGCGCUACCAGAAGCUAGCAGAGAUCCUGAAGGAGAAGUCAGGAAAGGGCCGCACCUCGGCCAAGCCCCCCCGCAGCCUGCUGUCCAUGGGCUUCGUCAGCACGCUGCUCACCACGCUGUUCAGGGACAGCACCCUGAGCCGCGAGGAGGGGCUGAGCGUGCUGCGCUCCAGCCCGGACUUCCUGCGGUACGCGCUGGCCGUGGCGCUGCAGAAGAUCCAGCAGCUGGAGGACAGCGGGCACACGGACGGCCCCGACGGACACGCCCCCGACAAGGCCUUCGGCUUCCUGUGUGACCUCACUGGGGUGCUGAUGUGGCGCUACACCAACAUCCCGGGGGUGGUGGAGGCGGGGGGGAAGAAGGAAAAGCGCUGCAGCCUGUCCCAGAUGUGUCUGGAGGGUCUGCUUCGGAUCUUCACCACCUGCACCCAGCGCUACCCCGACAGGACGGCCCAGCUGCUCUCCACCAUGACCACGGAUACGACCUCAGACGACCCAGAGCCCAACGCAGACGACAUCACAGAGAUCUCCUUCUUCUACAUCCGGCAGUUCCAGAGGUCGCUGUUCAACCAGCUGAGUGGUUUAGAAGAGGAGUUCAACAGCAAGGAGGCUCAGCUUUUGAUCAGCAUCUUGAGUGUGCUCUCCCGCCAGCUAGAGCCCUCCUCCCAGCAGUUUGUUUCAAUGAUCACUUGGACUGUGAAAAUCUGCAAGGAGACUAGUUUCGAGGACAUUGCCUUCACCAAGGGCUUGCUCUCCUUGCUCUUUGGCCUGCAUGUGCUGUAUAAGAGUCCAGUCUGCCUGAUGCUGGAGCUGUGCCAAGACAUCCACAGCCAGAUGGGCGACAUCGACCAGGAUGUGGAGGUGGAGACACAGUCCCACUUCUCUAUCGUGAACCCGAAGACGGCCUCCACUGCAGCGCUUCUGAUCCUGGCUCAGGCGGACAAGGUCCUGGACGAAGUGGACUGGCUGAUCGCCAAGAAGAAGGCCGACCGACCCAGCGCUGGUGAGGGCCCCCUGACGGCCCCUCCUCAGGACCCGGUGGAGAAGGCCAUGACCGUGCAGCUGGGCACUCUGCUGACGGCGCUCAACGAGCUGGUGCAGACCGCCCUGCUGCCCGGGGGGGGCACCGACACACUGCUGCGGGCGCUCAGCCGCACCUACACCACCCUCACCACCCUGGUCAAAUACUACAUACAGGUGUGCACCAGCCAGCCGGGGGCGCUGCCAACCAGGUUCGAGAAGCUGGUGAGGCUAUCUGGGUCUCAUCUCACGCCUCAGUGCUACUCAUUCAUCACCUUUGUCCAGACUGGAGAACUGGCCGGGAACGAUAAGAAGAAAAAGAGGAGGGAUGAAGCCAGCAUGGUCACCGCCAAGCUCCUCAGAGAGACCAAGGCCAUUCCCAACUUAAUCUUCAGCAUCGAACAAUACGAGAAAUUCCUCAUCACGCUUUCCAAGAAGUCCAAGGUCAAUCUGAUGCAGUACAUGAAGCUCAGCACCUCCAGAGACUUCCGCAUCAACGCUGCCACCCUGGACGCAGCGCUGCAGGAGCAGGACGCGAGCCAGCAGAGUCAGGAGGCCUCGCAGGCGGCAGAGGACACCCCCCCACAACCACAGAAGAAGAAGAGGAAGAAGAAGUGAGCAGCAGCUCCCUCCUCUCCUCCACUGGUUCUAGAGUCUCUCGUCUCCUCUCCUGGUCUGUUCUCCACCGGUUCCGAAGCCUCUCCUCUCCGCGUUCUUCUCCGUGUGGGAGGGAGACGGCGCCUCACGGCUCCGGGACGUUUCCACACGUUGUAAAAGUGGACUCACUCCCUGGUUGGCUCGAACCCGUCACCACCCAUCGCCGUUUCCUUGCCGACAGCGGUCAGGUUGUUGGUCUGCCUUUGGCCAAGGAGCCUUUAGUGAGCUCCAUGAUCUGGUAAAUGUCCAACGCCUCACCUGUGGAAUAAAUACUAAGUUACAUUCACAUAUCACAAGGAAGAUGUUACACCUUUUCAAUUCUGUAAAGUCCCGUUUCUAUGUAAAUCCUUUGUCUUUUGUAUAAUAAAGUUCCUAUGUAUUCUA